AUGCAUCUCUCUGGUUUAUUCGAAGAGACCCUGGCCCCUCUUCUUAGGACACUAGACAUACCUAACCCGAGUGAUGAUCGAUUGGUUGUUCCCUGUCUCGUUCAACAACUCCCGGCCAUUAAAACAUACUUUCCCAGUGCCGUGGUAGUCAAAACCACCAAGGAAUGCGCAGACGCGCAGACAUCCAUGCGUACCUUGACUAUCCGACCGGAGCUAGGGUUUCCAUAUCACAUCAAGCUCUCGUUGGCUUGUAAUAUCACCUCCGCACUACGGACAAUUACCCCAUGGAGUACGAUGGGCGGUCCAGUGUUCAGCGAACUACUCGAGCGAUUCCUUCCUCCAGACAUGUGGGUAUUCCGAGAGAUUGGCUCCAUCACAGGCAAUCAGCCGGAUUUUAACCAAGCCAAGCACUUUUCCUGUAUUCUCCGUGAUGAUCUAGAAAGAAAAGCCCAAGCAAAUGAUGAAACACUGGUCCUGGCUGCUGUAUUGGCACAACAUCCCCCAGAAACUAAUACUUCUUACGCUGAGAUCUUGUAUAAUUUGGAUGAUCUCCAGAAAAAGAAGAAUUGGUUCCGAAAAUAUACCGCAUGCUUGUUCAAACUUACAAUCCCACCCUUACUGGACUAUGGAAUUGCUCUUGAAGCGCAUGGCCAAAACCUCGUUGUGCGUAUCUGUCGCCAAACUGGGGACAUCAAGGGAUUUGCAGUACGUGAUUUUGGUGGGAUCCGAUUACACGUCCCGACGCUCCAAGAAUAUGGGGUGGGGCUGGACGCAAUUCCCUCGGGUAGCGCUGUUCUAACCAAUAGUUUACAUAAUGCGUGGUCCAAGGUGCAUCACUCCAUGUUACAAAAUCAUAUCGGGUUUUUAUUGAGUGCUUUGGGACUCGAACAGCAGGGAGGAUGGACGAUUGUACGGGAGGAACUCGCGAAUGUUCUCAACCCCGAUGAAAACAAACGGGGACUGAAACUCUACGAUUUCUUUGUGGCAGAUACCAUGCCCUUCAAGUGCUUCUUGAUGAUGCGAAUGGAGGGAAAGUACCGUGAUUAUGUGGAAAGAGAGCUGCCAAAUAUCGUGGCUAUGAAUUCUCCCCGAUGGAAGGAGAUUCUUAAAACCUAUCAGCCGCGAUUACAUCAUGCAUAG